AUGGAGCGCUUGGGCGGCAGCAGAGUGUCGCUCAAACCCGGUUUCCUCUUCCCGGUUCUGGGCUGGCCCGGUUCCGAACGGUCCUGGUGUUCCGCCGGCUCUGCGGCAGGAGUCUGGAGAAGGCACACUUUCCUGCCCCCGAUCAGGGCUGGCUUGGGCUGCAGCGUCAGAGGCACAUGCCUCUGCAAGACGCUCAGCUGCUCGAUCCUCUCCUCCCUGAAGGGGUUGCUGAAGACGCUGCAGCCCGGAAAGCUUGCUCCGAGCCUGGGAGCCGGGAGUUUGUUGUUCUGGGUCUCCAGGAGUUCCGGAACGGGAACGGGUUCCGGAUCGGAGCCGUCUUCGUCGGUGCUGGUGUCGCCGGAUUCCAGCAGGAAGUUUUUCCCAGGAUCUUGCCUCUCUGCAGCUCAGCCGGUAACCAAGCAGGUGAAUGGGUUUGUGGGGGACUCGUUCACUUUCCCUGUGGAAAUCCCGAACCUGCAGCCAGAUACGGAGAUAAACUGGAGAUACGGUCCUGUGGACCCGGACUCACCCAUUGCGAGAAUUCAGAAUGGGAAGAUUUAUGUUUUUGAGGAGAGAUUCAGAGCAAGGCUGCAGCUGGACAAUGUUACCAGCUCUCUCAGGAUUAAUAACUUGGAGACAGCAGACAGUGGAUUUUACCAAGUGGAGAAAUUCAAAGGAAACAAGUUUAUGAAGAGAUUCUGCCUGUCUGUUUACACUCCUGUGCCAGAGCCUGGUGUUAUGCUGAUCCAUGCAGGCGGGGCGCAGGGUAACAGCAGCUGCACUCUGCUGUGCUUUGUGGGAAACGCCAGUGAAGGGAUCACUGUGUCCUGGAUGAGAGAUGGGACACAACUCCACACAAGAGAACUGGAGCUCUCUCUGGAAAUGCAAGGGGGCAACGUUACCUACACCUGUGUGGCCAGCAACCCUGCCAGCAACCGGACCACCACUGUGACACCUUCGGAGUACUGCGAUGAAAGAAAAGAUAAUAAAGGUGGUCCUGAAAACCCGAGGAGUCACAUUUUGAUUCCUGGGCUAGUGAUUGCUGUGACCGGAGUCCUGGCAGUCAUUUUGAUCGUACUGUAUCUCAGGAGAAAGAAGCCGGCAUUCGAGAGAGAAGGUUCUGAGCGGUCCAGAGUCUCGGGCGGGAUAGAGUUCGCUGAAGUUACAGCUGCGCCCCCUGCUGGCAAUGGACAGGAUAUACCAGAACUCGCUGGAGCUCGGGAAACGACAGAGAAACUGAUCACCAUCUACGACAAACUGCGCCCGCCCCGCCCUCAGAAUGUACCGGGCUGACGCAGGUCACACAGGGGGGAGUCACACAGUCAGGGGAGCGCAGGGGUCCCCAAGGGUCUCCCCUGGUAAAGACACGGCCUCCAGAGGGCAGUAGCUAGCUGACAUCUGCUCUGGAGAUCCUGGGUGUAGAAGAGUGUAUGGGAAAAGGCUCUGGUGAGGGGAAGCAAUGAUUAGAUAUUCCAAAUUGGGGAGAAAAAUCCUGGAUAAAAUAACUGGCCACUCUAAAUAGAAAAUAGGAGUCUGAUUCCCAUCCCUGCAUUGUAACUCCAGUUUAAUAUCACUAGACUGGACUGGAA